ACUUCAUAUUUGCGACAUGCGCUCUGCAGAUUAUAUGAUAACUCCCGCUUUCGUCACAAAUGUGUUAAGACUGGCGCUUCCCUUCGCGAAACAGUCACUGGCAAUUUUCGCAACUCUCUGCGUCGGCAGGACGCUACCGCAUUCCUAUAGCAUCCUCUCGACUCCGGCGAAGAAGGACCAGCGUCAGGCCAGGCGCAAUCCACACUGCGUACCGUCACCACACCUCUGGCGCGACAGGCAUGCAUCCGGGACAACCUAGCCCCGAAGACGACGACGGAUCAGGAAGCGUCCUGUGGCAGUGGUUCACUUGGCUUUACACGAACGAGCACCAUCGAUCGCCUCGGCGUGACCUCACCCCGUUGGACAAGAAGCUUUUGUUUCUCGUCGGUUUCUUUGCGGCUUUCGCAGUCGCUGCCGUAUUGGAAUUCGCCCAGCCGCAUAGUUCGGCAAAGCUGCCCCAGGCGUUGCGGUCGCCGCCCUGGACCUUCUGGCGACAACGCAAGCACGACAACGAGAUGCCGCGCAUCUUGCUCUGGAACCGCGCCACGGGGCCGCACUCCGACGCCGCUGACGUCGCGGAGAGUCGGCCGUCGUCGUGGUGGUCCAACGUGACCUCAUGCCCGUCCAGUAGUCCGGCUGGCGACGAACGCUGGGAGUCGUGUGAGAUCACGGACAAUCGCGCCCGUCUCCUAUGGAGCGACGCCGUCGUGUUCGAGGCGGAGCGGCUCAGUGCCGCAGACGUGCCGAGCCGUCGCGUCGACUUCCAGACGUGGGUCCUCUGGACGCAGAGCCACGUCUCUCCCGUGGGUGGGUCGUCGCUCCACGAAUCGCGGCCCGUCGAAGCUCGCGGCCACUAUCACCCGGACAUCGGCGCGAGGUUCGACUGGACCAUGGGUCGCUGGCAGCGUGCCGACGUCGUGACGCCUUACAAGUCCUGGCGCUGCGGCCACGUCUCCCCCGGAAGCGCGACCACGGUGGCCGACUCUGCUCGGCGCAACCGCGAAGCUCUCGGCCGCUCCGCUGGAGCGCGUAAGGACGCUGCCUGGAUCGUCGGCCAGCGCGAGUGGAACAUGUGGCGGGAGAUCGGCGUCGUCGGUCUCGGUGGAGCGGAGGACUUGGAGCGCGAAUUCGUGAGCGUCGACCUCGUGCCCGACUGCGGACGUUCGAGCUGCGGGUCCCGGCGGGAGUGCCUGCGACAGAUCGCCGCCAACUACCGCUUCGUGGUCGUCGCGAUGGACCCCGACUGCUUCCACAGCCCGUACGAGCUGAUCUACGACGCGUUCGAGCACGACCUCGUUCCGGUCGUGCUGGCGUCGCCCCGGGCGGCGAUCGAGGUCCCGCCGCUCUCCGUGGUGUCCUCGGGCAAGUUCGAGCUGCUGGGCACGUUGGCCGCGUUUGUGCGCUUCCUGGCGACCAAUCGGGUCGAGUACGAGCGCUACUUCGCCUGGAAGGAGUUCUGCUCCGUGGUUUCCUCGGACGACCUCUGCCCGCUCUGCCUCGCUCUCAACGACAAGUCCUUUCACGGGCAACGUCCACCCUUCUUUCGCCACCCGUGGAUUGAACGCAGUGAGGAUGUCCCCAGAGAUCGCAUUCGGCGUCCACGUGGCAUAGACUGGGCCUUUUACGGCUCCGAAAAUGCGUAUCUCUACCGGCCCUAAGGUGUCAUUGGCGUACUAAACCAACAAAACUUCGUAGCAUUGUAGUGCUCGGCCUUUCUGGCAUUGGCGUACUAAACCAACAAAACUUCGUAGCUUUGUUGCGCUCGGCCUUUCUGGCAUUGGCGUACUAAACCAACAAAACUUCGUAGCUUUGUAGUGCUCGGCCUUUCUGGCAUUGGCGUACUAAACCAACAAAACUUCGUAGCUUUGUAGUGCUCGGCCUUUCUGGCAUUGGCGUACUAAACCAACAAAACUUCGCAGCUUUGUAGUGCUCGGCCUUUCUGCAUCGAGCGUAUCGUGUUCGCCUGUUAUACGAGCUCGCACCUUUUUAUACAUUUUACAUAGAUGCACAGACGUAGCGCAGUCAGCUACAGUGAAUUAAGCUCCAGCGACGUACCACUGUUGAAGCCAUAGAGUGCUAGCUGCUUGCGCCGUGGGACAAGAAAUGGCUGGCUGGGAACAUUGCUGGCUUUUUCUUUACUCGUCAUGUAGCGACCCACGCCCGCUACUAAUCAACACGUUCAAGCUGCGCAUCCAUUAACCACAUCUUUUCGUGUAAUUUAGCAUCCCUUCUUUUUAGUUCGACUACCUUUCUUUUGUUUACUGGUGACUGCACUUUCUUUCUUCAUAUUUUACGAUGCAAUAUGCUCCUUUCACUGUAAACGAAUACCACUAUACAGAGGCUGAAUAAACGUUGCGGAGUUAUCAGCGGU